ACAGGGAAAUGAAAAAGGAAACGGUGAGGAAAACAAGCGGGAGCAAGUAGCCUUAGACAACGAAAAGCGUAAAAAGAAAAAAUUAAAGGCAAGAAAGAGAACAAUUUUUUUUUCAAAAAUUCAUAAUUUUAUUCUCUCCUUUUUAAUAAGAAAGAUUUCAUUUGAUUGAUGAUCGAUUCCUCCCAAGCAAAGCAAAGAAAACUGCAGUGCAGACUAGCAUUGCGGGAAAAAAAAGGAAAGCCCUGAAUUUUUUUGUUCUUUUGGAGCAAAAAAAAAAAAAAAGGAAAAAAAAAGAAAGGAAAAUUAAUGGAUGAUGAAGUUGUCCAAAGAGUAUUCCAAGAAGGAGGACGAGACUAUUUCCAGCAACAACCUUCAACUUCAACUUCGUCUUCUUCUUCUAUUCUCCAAUCUCUCCCUCUUCAUGUGUCAUUUGAUCAUGGCUAUUAUUUGCUUGUAAAAUCCAUACAAGAACUCAGAGAGAAAAAGGAGGGUCUUGUCACAGUUGGCAUUGGUGGUCCCAGUGGUUCAGGCAAAACUAGCUUAGCAGAGAAGGUAGCAUCUGUUAUUGGUUGCACUGUUAUACCAAUGGAGAACUACAGGGGUGGAGCUGAUGAAGGGACUGAUUUGGAUUCAAUAGAUUUUGAUGCAUUGAUCCGAAAUCUUGAGGAUUUGACAGAAGGGAAAGAUACUAAGAUACCAGUAUUUGAUUUUCAUCAAAAGAAACGUGUUGGCUCCAAAGCUAUAAAGAGUGCUAUGUCUGGUGUGGUAAUAGUUGAUGGUACUUAUGCUCUGCAUGCAAAAUUGCGCUCUCUGCUUGAUAUCCGGGUUGCAGUGGUUGGUGGUGUUCAUUUUAGUCUUCUUUCCAAAGUUCGAUACGAUAUAGGAGAUUCUUGCUCACUGGAUUACCUUAUUGAUAGCAUUUUCCCUUUGUUUAGAAAGCACAUUGAGCCAGACCUUCAUCAUGCACAGAUUAGAAUUAACAACAGCUUUGUAUCAUCAUUCAGAGAAGCAAUCUACAAGCUGAAAUGCCGAAGUGAGUUACGCCCUUUAAAGUCUCAUUUGGACAUUAUAUUGCCGUGGCAGUCACCUGAUGGACAGUCUACCUUUUUCCUUAAAGAUGAGGCACAAACUGAUAACUUCAUUGAGAUGUACCUUAGACCCCCAUCAGCUAAUGAAGAGGCACGGAUAAAUGAUUGGAUUAAGGUGCGACAAUCUGGUAUUCGAUAUUAUCUGUCACUUGGGGAUCAGAGAAUUGUGGACAAAAAUUUCAUCAUCAGACCAAAAGCUGAAUUUGAGGUUGGACGGAUGACACUUGGUGGACUCCUGGCUUUGGGCUACAAUGUUGUAGUCAGUUAUAAAAGGGCAUCAACAUCAGUUAAUAUUGGCAGUCUUUCCCUGUCACUUGAAACAAUUGAUACGCUUGGGGAAACCUUCUUGGUGCUUAGGGGCACAGAUAGGAAAACAGUUGGAGCAGAAGCAUUACGGAUGGGAAUUACUGGACAAUGGCUAACUAAAUCAUAUCUGGAAAUGAUUCUUGAAAGAAAAGGUGUUCCACGCCUGAAUACUCCUCCACUUGUUUCUGCCACAUCUGUCUCUCAUAAUCAAGAAAAAGACAUUGCGGCACCAAAGCCUAUUCGUACCACUCCAAACCUUGUUUCCCAGCUUGAGGAUUUAGCUCAACCUUGGACUCGCUCUCCAACAAAAUCAAAAAUGGAGCCUGUAUUACCAACAUGGCAUUUUGCCUCAUCAGAUCGUUCACAUGGUGGUUCAGUAGCAGCUACAGGUUCUUCUGCUUUCAGGGAUACAAUGAAACUUGCUCCAAUGCCUGAUUCAUAUGACUUGGACCGAGGCUUGCUCCUUGCUGUGCAGGGAAUCCAGUUUUUGUUGGAGAAUAAAAGUGUUCCAGUUAUAGUUGGAAUUGGUGGUCCUAGUGGAUCCGGAAAGACUAGCUUGGCACAUAAAAUGGCAAAUAUUGUUGGUUGUGAAGUAGUUUCCCUUGAAAGCUAUUUUAGACCAGAGCAAGUUAAGGAUUUCAAAUACGAUGAUUUUAACUCUCUCGAUUUGCCUUUGCUUUCUAAGAACAUUGGUGACAUAAAGCAUGGUCGAAAGACAAAAAUACCUGUAUUCAACUUGGAGACUGGUUCUCGUAGUUGUUUCAAAGAGCUUGAAAUUUCUGAAGAUUGUGGUGUGAUCAUUUUUGAGGGGGUUUAUGCUUUGCAUCCUGAAAUCAGGAAAUCCCUUGACUUGUGGAUUGCUGUUGUUGGAGGUGUUCAUUCACACCUGAUUUCUCGAGUUCAAAGAGACAAAAGCAGAGUGGGGUGUUUUAUGUCCCAAAAUGAGAUCAUGAUGACGGUGUUUCCAAUAUUCCAGCAGCAUAUUGAACCGCAUCUUGUUCAUGCACAUCUCAAAAUUAGAAAUGACUUUGAUCCUGUUCUUUCUCCCGAGAGUUCACUAUUCGUUUUGAAGAGUAAUAAACAAGUGGCCUAUCAAGAUAUUUUAAAUAUUCUUGACUCUGCGAAGUUCUGUAGUUCUGUUCAGAAUUUCAUUGAUAUAUAUUUAAGGCUUCCUGGAACUCCUGCAAAUGGGCACAUAGCUGAGAGUGACUGUGUACGUGUCAGAAUAUGUGAGGGCAGAUUUGCGUUACUAAUACGAGAGCCGAUUAGGGAAGGGAAUUUCAUCAUUCAGCCCAAAGUGGAUUUUGACAUUAGCAUUAGUACAGUGUCUGGCCUUCUUAACCUUGGAUAUCAAGCUGUAGCCUACAUUGAAGCAUCUGCACUGAUCUACCAAGAUGGCAAGAUUCUUAUUGAGGUUGACCAUCUACAAGAUGCCCCUAGCCCUUACCUACAGAUCAAAGGGGUCAAUAAAGAGGCUGUGGCAGCUGCGGGUUCAGCAUUGAAACUGGAUGGGUCAUACACGACAAAGAGUUAUCUCCAAAUAAUUUUGGAAAGAUUACCUCUUGUGGAAAGAAGUUACAGUGGAAUUCACACUCAUCAAGCUGCAAGGUUGCAGGAACUUGUGGAGUCUAUACAAUCCCAGUGGACCAAACAGGGUGGCAGUACACCAUCAGAAUCGUCACAGAGUAGGGAGGUUUCUCCAAUGGAUGGCAUAAUAGAAGACAUGCAAUGCCGGAUUCGAAGGCUUGAACGAUGGCAUACCAUAAAUACGGUGCUUUGGACGUUUUUGAUGUCUGCUCUGAUUGGUUAUUCACUUUACCAAAGAAAGCGACAAUGACAUGACUUCCUCCUACACAUUUUUCUAUCCCAUUUUGGUACAGUUAAGUGCUAGAAGCUGACCCCAAAAUAUUCUUACAAAUUCUCAAAUGUCUGCCUUGCAAUCAAACUCAUAUGGCAGCCAAAUUACAGGCUUACAGAGAACAUUAUUGUUUUAGUUCCUCGAUUUUCAUUCUGUAAAUACGAAAUUGUAAACAUACGGUUCAAAAGGGGAAACCCUCUGUUCUUUCUCUCCCACUUGUUUUGUUUACUUGAGCUAUAUAAAUCAGUGCCACCACUUUUUCAA